AAAUCAUUCGAAACGCCAAAAUAAAUAAAUUCGUGCUUCAGUGACGGCACCAACAGCGACCCGUUCGAUACCCGGAUUCAAAACCGGAGAGGAAUCCAUCCCCAAUUCCCUUCCUCCCCCCACCCCGUCGCCCAACAGAUCUGGUUCUCCUUCCCAAACAGUUCGAAUUCGAUCGCGCCACGGUCCGUCACCCGCGCCGGCCAGAUUUAUGCAGCCAUGCAGAGCGGCGGGGCCCGGUGCAGUUUGACUACUGCCGCUGCCGCUGCUACGGGGCUGAGGAGGGACCACUUUCGGGAUCCGCAAUGGCGAGCCUGUCGGACUCGGCGGGCGCAGGCGGCGGCCGCGCCGGCGCGGAGCUGAUGGUGCCACAGUUCCUACUCAAGGCGCUGCACGCCAUCCUCGCCGUGCGGUCGCCGCGCCCGCACGCGCCGCCGGCCCCGGCGGCGUCGGCGUCGGCGUUCCGGAGGCGUGACCGGUGGUUCCACCUGCCGAUCCACGCGCCGCCGCCGCCGCCCGCGGCGGAGCACCUGCCGGACCCGUCCCCCGGGGAGCCGCUCGUGGUGGACGUGUACCUGGCCCCAUCGGGCGGCGGGCCAGAGGAGGUGCUCGAGAGGUGGACCGUGGCGUGCGAGCCCUGGCCGUCGCCCGCCGCGGCCGCCGCCGUCGGGGAGGGGCUGGCGGUCAACAGGGCGUACAAGCGAUGCAUCACGCUGCUCAGGUCGCUCUACGCCGCGCUCCGCUUCCUCCCGGCGUACCGCGCCUUCCGCAGGCUCUGCGCGUCUGGCCAGGUGUACAACUACUGCAUGGGCCACCGCGUCGGCUCCUUCGCCGCGCCCUUCUCCCGCGCCGAGGAGGCGGCCAUGCGCACCAAACGCCUCGCCCCCGUCGAGACCCAGCUCGGCCGCCUCGUCGUCUCCGUCCAGUACCUCCCCAGCCUCGCCGCCUUCAACUUCGAGGUCACUUCCCUCGCGUCCGCCGCGAUCAUCACGGAUUACGUCGGCAGCCCCGCGGCCGAGCCUAUGCGUGCCUUCCCACCUUCGCUCACGGAGGCCACCGGCUCGCCCUUUCCGCAGCCCUCGCGGCGCCCCAACAGCUGGGCGUCGCCAGCGCCCUGGCCGCACACGCUCGGGCAACCGGCUAAAUUCUCGCCUCCGCCGGCCCAUUACGCGUCGCCCACGCCCUCGCCACCGACGUUUGGCUAUCUGCACUCGCGGUUUAGCGGUGAGACUGCACCAAUGACCAUACCGCAGGCCGGCGGUGGCAGGGGCACUGUGCACCAUCGGAACAUGUCGGAACCCAGUAGAGCCUUCAUGUUUCCUCCACCUUCGCCAAAGAAUGUGCGAGGGGAGGCAGGGAUGCAGGAGUCACCGACAGAGAUCAAUCGGUCCUUCAAGAGGGCGGAUGGCAUCCGCAUGGGAGAUCUCUAUUCAAACUUGCCGUCUGGUUCUAAGAUUAAGGACACUAAGGAUGAAUCUGGCAGGUUCUCUGGUGUCUUCUCUUCUAGUGGUUCACCAAGACAUGGUUUCUCAAGAAGUUCAAGCAGAUUGUCCAUGCAGGAUGAUACUGAUGAUGCAGAUUUUCCUUUUGCUGUGGAUGAUGUUUAUCCAGAUUCACGGCCAGGGAGUAGUAGUGGAAAGGACACAGGGGAUCAGGCUGGUUCGUCAUCCCAUAAAUCCCAAGAUGCUGCUGUUGGGUAUCUCGUCCACCUGCUGAAAUCUGCACGUCCACUGAGAGAUUCUACCUACUCAUCUCAUACAUCAAGGGGUGAAUCUACCGAAGCAGGAAGCACCAGCUCUUUCUUGUCCCGCAGGACAUCCGACGCACUGGAGGAGUUUGAAUCUUUCAAGGAAACAAGGGAGAACCUGCUAGCACGUAGUAGAUCUCGGCUGCAAGAUUCAUUGGAUAAGCCCUAGUGUUGAUGCAGUCUGUGGUUCGAUUCCUCAAAAGGUGAAGGGUCCAAACUGUAGAGUAAAGAUCAUAUGGCGAGCCUGGGUAAACUCUUUAUUUCAGACUAGUCCGUGUGUAAAUAGCUAAUUAACUGGCGCUUGAUUC